AUGCAGUUCGAAACGCCGCCGCCGGCCGGUCGACGCGCCCCCACGUUCCAGGCCAACCCCGCCGCCGACGCGAGGCAGCUCCUCGGCUCACUCCUGCCGCCGCGCCCCGCACUCCGCCACGUCCUGCAGGCGCACGCCCGCCUCGCCGUCCUCGGGCUCGCCACCGCGCGCGCCCUCCCGCAGCUCCUCGCCGCGCUUCCGCGCCUCCCGCCCGGCGGCGCCGGCGCCUCCUACUCCUACCCGCUCUCCCUCUACCGUAGCUCCAGCUCCGCCUCCGCCUUCGCGUCCAACCACCUCCUCCGCGUGCUCCCGCACCCGCUCCCGCUCCGCCUCUUCCCGCGCCUCCCGCGCCGCAACCCACACUCCUUCACCUUCCUCCUCGCCUCGCUCUCCAACCACCUCGACGUCGACCCCACCGCCGGUUCAUCCGCCUCCCGCUUCCUGGGCUCCCACGUGCACGCGCUGGCCUUGAAGGCUGGCGCCGCGGGCGACCUCUACGCGCGGAACGCGCUGGUCCACUUCUACGGCGUCUGCGGCGACGUGGCGGCGAUGCGGAGGGUGUUCGACGAGCUGCCGCUCGUGCGGGACGUGGUGACGUGGAAUGCCGUCCUCGCUGGUUACGUGCGAGCAGGCAUGAUGGCGGAUGCACGGGAGCUGUUCGACGGAAUGGUGGUUAGGGAUGAGGUUUCUUGGAGCACGGUGGUGGGUGGGUAUGUCAAGGAAGGGGGGCUGGAGGUGGCGCUGGGAGUGUUCAGGAACAUGGUGGUGCAGGGGGUGAAGCCGAACGAGGCAGCUAUAGUAACAGCAUUGUCGGCAGCUGCACAGAUGGGGCUGCUUGAGCAGGGGAGGUUUGUGCAUGAGGUGGUCCAGAGAGCAGGCAUGCCAGUGAGUGUGAAUGUUGGCGCUGCACUGGUGGAUAUGUAUUCCAAGUGCGGAAACAUAGCAACAGCGAGGGAAGUUUUUGAUGCCAUGCCAAGGAGGGAUGUAUUUGCUUGGAACUCCAUGAUCUGCGGACUUGCUGCCCAUGGAUUGGGGCAUGAUGCGGUGGAGCUCUUUGAGAAGUUUGUCGCUGAGGGUUUUUGCCCAACAAGCAUCACAUUUGUGGGGGUGCUGAAUGCCUGCAGCCGCACUGGCCUUGUUGACAAAGGACGGUGGUAUUUCAGGCUGAUGUCAGACAAAUAUGGCAUUGAGUCAGAGAUGGAGCAUUAUGGAUGCAUGGUUGAUCUUCUGAGCCGUGCUGGUCUUGUUGAAGAGGCCAUUGAAUUGAUCGAAGGGAUGCGCAUUGCACCUGACCCAGUUCUCUGGGGAACAAUACUGUCAGCCUGCAAGAGACAUGGACUUGUGGAUUUGGGCAUAACUGUCGGUAAUAAGCUAAUUGAACUUGAUCCUGCUCAUGAUGGACACUAUGUCCUCCUUGCAAGUAUAUAUGCGUCAGCAAAGAAAUGGGAUGAAGUCAGGAGAGUCAGAAAAUUAAUGUCUAGUCGUGGCACCACCAAGUCAGCUGGCUGGAGCUUGAUGGAGGCACAUGGAAUAGUGCACAGGUUUCUAGUAGGGGACAUGGAUCACAAGGAUUCUGUACAUAUAUAUAACAUGCUUGGCAUGAUUGACAGAAGGUUGGCUGAGGCAGGGUAUGUACCAGAUGUGUCAUCAGUGUUGCAUGAUAUCGGGCAUGAAGAGAAGGUUCAUGCCAUUAAGGUGCACAGCGAGCGGCUCGCAAUUGCUUACGGGUUCAUUGUUGUUGAAGCUGGCAGCCCAAUCCGUAUUGUCAAGAACCUUAGUGUGUGUGGUGAUUGUCACGAGUUCAGCAAGAUGGUGACAAAGGUUUUUAGCAGGGAAAUUAUUGUGAGGGAUGGUAGUAGGUUUCAUCAUAUGAAAGAUGGGAAGUGUUCUUGCCAUGAUUAUUGGUGA